ACGUGUCGGUCGUGUGAUUGCGGAGCAGCCGUGUUUUGGGUUGUGUGGUUUUACGAUUUAGACAUUUGAGGGAGGAGUUGCGGCGGAAAAAAACUUGACCAGUAACUUUUGCAAGAUUUCUCUGACUGCUUCUACGGCUUCAACUUUUUGUUUUUAUAGAAAAAAAAGAAAUAAAGAGCUUUUUCUUUACGUAUAGUCAAAGAAAUUCACUCUUAUCAAAUUUCAACGAUUACCUACUUGCUAUAAGCAGUAAGGUUCCAGUUGUACGUGUCAAAUGAAAAUCGUGUGAAUACGACAUUCAGUAAAUGUGGUUUCCGGAAUAUCGAUAAAAUAAUUGCUGAAGGGAAAUAAAAUUGCACCAAGUGAAAAUUCGAUUGAUAAAUAGUGAAUCACAAGAAAAAAAUCGGAAAGCGCAAGGCUGAAGUAUUUGUGUUGAAAAGGCAUGUGAAGAAAACAUGCAGUGAAAGGCAAAUAAGUGGAACUAGUGCAGAGUCCCGAUAUAAUGAAAGUGCGAAAUGAAUCGAAGUGAGCGAUAAUCGUAUCGUCUAGGUGAUGCAAAAAUGGAGCAAAACAAAUAGACAAUUCAAUAAAAAUUCGAUUGAAUUAGUGCUCCAGUAGCGGUGCUUUAGCAAAAAUACAGCCGCAGUGGAACAACGACUUGUUUUGUGUCUGACGGCAGAGUUACUAUCCGUAAACUACCAGACACAACAAUGGCCAGGCUGACCGAAGAAAUGGUUAUUGCCAGAUCCAAACAAUCGGAUUUGGCUGCUAUUAAGAAGCUGAAUUGUUGGGGAAGUGAACUUAGCGACGUUUCCAUCAUUCGGCGCAUGCGAGGAGUGGAGGUGUUAGCGUUGAGCGUUAAUCGGAUAAGUACGUUGGCAGAUUUCGAAAAUUGUGUAAAUCUUCAAGAACUAUAUCUCAGGAAAAAUAACAUUACCGACAUUGACGAAUUGGUGUACCUUCAGAACCUUCCGAAGCUAAAAUAUUUAUGGUUGGAAGAGAACCCGUUGGUGGACACCGCUGGACCAAGUUAUCGACAAAUCGUUCUCCGAGCGUUGCCAAAUCUAAAAAAACUAGACAAUGUAGAUGUUACUCCCGAGGAAGUAGCGGAUGCAAUGCGAUCGCCAAUCACUCAGCAUCAAUCGAGACACGAUGUGUACGAGGAUGCUGCGCCACCUUCGACGAACCAACAGCAAUCUUCACAGCACCAACAAUACCGCAAUCAGAGCCCCGUUAUUGAGCAACCGCAAUCCACCACUCCAUCGUCAUCUGCGCCCGUCUUGCCAUCGCAACAGAUGAGUCCGGAAAACACCGAAUCGGAGUGCAUCAGUGAUCCAGCUGAUCGCGGCUCGUUACCAUCCUCUCCAUUGCAGCGAAGUCCUGUGAACCGGGACAGCUACUCUCCACCACAAACCCCGCAUGCAUCGCACUAUACCAGCAAUCAACGCGGCCCUUAUCACCGAUAUGACCGAUCGCCAGGGUCAGACCAGGACAGUCCCGUUUCAGGCUACAGGGAAAGAGUACCAAUAGCACCAAGUAUUUCCACACACUCUAUGAAGGAAUACUACCAAUCCGAUUAUCAGCGACAAAACCCGCCCGCGCACUACCGCCACAGUCAGUUGGACCUCACGGAGUGGGACGAAAGUAACCAGAACCCGCAUCAUAUGAAUAAUAACAAUGGUCAUUCAUCGAACCAUGUGAGCGGCUAUAACCACGCGCCUCAUGGCCAUCCCAAUCGGCGCAGCAUUGGAGGAAAUAGUGAACGAGAUCUGUAUCAAUAUCGCAAUGGCAAUGCUAAAGGAUCCGAUCCACGCGAUGAAUGGGAAGACGUCGAUCGGCGGAGAAACGAAAACAGGCGUUCAGAUUCAAAAUUCAACGACAACGCAAGUGUAAUAUCAAAUGCCGUUCUAAAUCAUUUUGCUGGCGUUCAUCGGAGACCUGUGAAUAGAAAUUCCAACUUACUCUCCGCCACGCUUUGUUUAGUGAAGGAACUGGAUUAUCCUAGCUUGGAAGUUGUUGAGCACGCAAUACGCUGUCGUAUUGAUGAACUUGCAGAAUAAAACAGCUUUCUUUGAAUUUGGAUUUCGGCUACCAAUUUGGCACUUUAACAGUUUCAAUAUUUAACAAUGCAGCAUGAGAUCAAACUGUGGUAAUUUUUGUUUUUCUUUAUAGAUAUUUAACUAUUCGUUUACCGUCUCGAUACGUACUGCUUAAAUAAACCAUCUGCCGGUUGUAAACAUAAAUUAAAAUAUUUUCUUAACUGUAGAAGCAGGGAACAGUAACGGUUCUGAGAUAUUAUAUAUUUGUAAACAAUGUUUUCUGAUUACAAAAACAAUAACUUAACUAAGUUGUGAUUCGUACGAAGUGAGAAAAGACUUAAAAAUCCACACCCAUGUCAGCGUGAAAGGUGAUGAAAUUAAACGAUAAUAGCCCAGAUAGAUCAAGAACAACAAUAUAAAAACAAAAAUCUGCCAAUUUUGUUAUAAAGAAUAGUACUAGGGUAACUGUUUCAUAAAACUAACACCUUCUAGGAAGACCCGUUUAAUUACUAAGUGUUGAUAUGCUUAUAACAAUGAAUCAACAAAAGAUGUGUACCAUGGAUAGAAAUUAAACCCAACGGAAACAUCUACUUUGUCGCCUUCUAGGUUCUCUUAUUAGCAGCGUUAGUGUAAUGGAAUAGCAUUUUUAAAAUAUUUUGCAGCUUUGAAAUCAGUCCAAUAUCAGUACAAACGUAGAUGGAUGCAAUAAAGUAUAGAAGGACAAUAUUGACAGCAUAGUGUCUCGCGAAAGGUACGUUAGUGUUACCUCUGAGUAUUGUGUUGUAUGACAGAAACGUGAGAAGUGUGAGAAAAAAUGCGUGCAAGAUUGCUUUCAACUUUGUUUCGGACUAAUGCGACAUCUGUUCCUCGAGUUGUGCAAUUAAAAUCAGUCAAGCAAAAAUCGUCCAGAGAUAAUUUUAUUGUAUAUUUUGUUUGCAACAUACUCCUCACCAGUUCCGUUAUUGUAAUUAUGGAAGGAACAAAAGCGUUUUUAUCGUUGAGCAAUAUAGUUGGUACGCAAAUUAAUUUCUGAAGUAUUUAAUACGAUUUAUUAAUAAAUAACU